UCCAUUAAACGAUAUUAUUAAAAGUUAAUUUGUUUUUGUUUCAAUUCACGAUCAAUAUUCGUUUAGGUCUUAGCUUCUUCAAAUGCAGAUGCAGAACGAAGACAACCGUUUGAAGGUCUUGUUCUAGACUGGAACAUUGCUCAUAUUUUUUCUAUACUUACCAUAGUUGGAAUGGUAAUCGGGAAUAUAUAUACUUGGGUGAUAGCUAACAACUAUAGACAGAAGCAGGCAAUGAAACAAGAGCUUGUUGAGGUCAAUAAAAACAAUUUUGAAAAUCAUGAGCAAGAAGAAAAUGCCAGUCACCACCCAGGUCGAGUUUUAAGUCCAAGAAUAGUUCGAAACCCUAGAGAUUUGGAACUAAUAGAAGAGGGACCUAGAUGGGAAGAGAGGGGGAGGGGGUUCGAACCAGGAGUAAACAGGGGGUUCGAACCAAGAGUAAACAGGGGGUUCGAACCAGGAGUAAACAAGGGGUUCGAACCAAGAGUAAACGAUGGGCUUGAACUCCCUCCUCUAAAUAGACUCGAUGAUCGAGAUCAGUAUUGGAAGUGAAAAAGGAAUUGAUAAUAAACUUUUUAAAUUGAUUUGAGAUUUAACUUUAAGAUAAACAUAAAAAGAAAAAAAAUGAAUGGCUUAAUUUUCAAAAAAAAAAAAAAUUUUUUACUUUGCCCAGCCCUACUACCUUUAUCUGUAUUAAAUUAAACUCAGUUAAGGAAUCAUUAAAUAGGCUGUAGUUUGUAAAACAGUAAAAUUGAACUAAAUCUAUAUUUGAUAUUGCAAUAUAUAAACCAUAAUAUGAAUAACAAGUUGGUGUCCCACAUCAUAUUGUAUUAAAUAAAAAAAAUCGUAUUUCAUGAAUGACGAUGCGCUUACAUACCGAGUGUCUCUGAAAAAAAACAUGAUUAAGUUUUUUCUAUUAAUGUAAAAAUAAAAUUAUAAGUUUG